CCUGAGAAUGGGUGGAGACUUAAGCAUUCCGGCAGCUGCUGUGCCAAUCUGUGGAGCUAACGUUAAGGAAAUGACUGCAAAGCAAACAUCUAAACCUUUUCAAAGAAAACAGUAAAAACUUAACAGGAGAUCAAAAGAAAACCAUAUAUCUAUAUAAACUGCUAAAGGAGACCAUGGAACUAGGACAGUAUAUAAUUAUUUGGAUUUGUGCAGUGAAUGUAGUUUGGGCAUGUCCCCCGACAUGCCAGUGCAACAACACCAAUACCGUUUGCAUAGGCGAUGGCAUAAAAGACUUUCCAACCCCUCUUCCAUCAACAACAAAGUCUAUACAUAUUUCAUAUACUAACAUAUCCUCACUGAAACCUGCUGAUAUUGAUGCAUUUUCUGAGACUCUGACAAAAUUUAUUGUCAAUAAUUCGAGGAUCAGGGAGGUGCAACCUCACACAUUUGACAAGACACUUAAGCUCACCACUUUAGUUUGUUCAGGAACUGAACUGGAUUCACUACCAGAGGACCUGUUUCAGAAUCUCCUCUCCAUCACAGUGCUGAUGCUGAAUAACAACAAACUAAAUAAACUCAAUUCGUCCAUGUUUCGUUCUCUUCGGUCAUUGAAAAUUUUAGACUUAAGCAAAAAUAACUUGAGUUCUAUUCCAGAGGAUGCGUUCCAGGGUCUAAUUCACCUGGAUAAGCUCAUGCUGCAGAGAAAUGGCAUCAGGGAACUGCAGAAUGGAACAUUCCAUGGACUUAGCAAGCUUAAAUACUUGUACCUUCAAAAUAACCACCUAAAUGUGAUUCCAGAUAAUGCGUUUGAUGACCUGGUUAAUCUGGACACUUUGCAUCUGCAAAACAAUGUUAUCACAAACUUACCAGCAGAACUUUUUGCCCAUCAACAGAAGCUCCAGAAACUCUACCUCUCUAAUAAUAAGUUGUCUUUCCUUCAGGAAGGCAUCUUCUUGAAUCUCCCUAAUCUACAACACAUCUCACUUUACGACAACCACUUGCGGAGUCUGUCAAUUAACACCUUUGGGCCCAUGUUACUGAAGGAGCUGUGGCUGUAUGACAACAUGUUAACCCGGCUUGAGGAUAAUGUGUUUAGCAAUUUAACCCAUUUGCGACUUCUAGUGUUGAGCAGAAACCAGAUCUCACGUAUCACUUCUGGUGUUUUCAAUGGUUUGAAUAAGCUAGAAGAAAUUUCUUUGCACACUAACUGCCUGACGAGCCUUGAUGAAAGAGUGUUCAGAGGCCUUCUGAAACUGGUCAAAAUAUCAUUGGAAAACAACAAAAUUCUGUCCAUUCCAGAGAAUCUGCUUGAUGGUAUUCCUAACUUAUACCAUCUGGAGCUUCAAAACAACUCUCUAUCCUCAUUACCAAAGAAAUUUCUAGACACUUUAACCAAUGUUCACAGUGUGGUGUUAACUGAAAAUCCAUGGAGGUGUGACCAUGACAUUCUACCACUUCAAGAGUGGUUAAAUAAAUAUCCAGAUAAAGUCAGAAAUGUCACAUCCCUUGUUUGCUUUAGUCCUUCAGACUUGAAAAACAUAAGUAUAAUAACGCAUACUUUCAGUAAUCCCCUUCAAAUAUCCAUUUAUACACCAGCAGGUAACUCAACAGUACUCUUGGAGAAAGAAGAGCUCAUAACUGGUUCACAGGAAAUACAUAUGAUCUUCAUUGCAGUAGUCUGCACUGUAGUCACUGUUAGUAUUAUCAUCUGUGUUGUGUGCUGGAGCAGGAACAAACAGGACAGUCAAAAAACUGUAACAUAAUGAGUUAACAUAAGACUACAACCACAUACAAGUGAACUGAAUAACAUUUAUUAUCUCUCUACAAUCUCAUCUUUCAAAGAUGCCAUCAUGCAAGGCUCAUGGAAAAUCAGUUCCCAUGCUGAUUCUUGUCCACAACCAUAAAAUAAAAAUACCUACAAUGAGCAAGUGAAAAUCAAAAUUGGACUGUGGAACAAUGGAAGAAGGUGGCCUGGUUUGUUGAUCAUGUUUUAUUUUACAACAUGUGGACAGUCAAACCUGGGGAAGAGAUUACACCGGGAUACACUAUGGGAAGAAGGCAAGCCAAUGGAGGCAUUGUGAUGCUCCGAGAAAUGUUGGGCUGGAAAUCUUGGGUCAUCACAUUGAUGCGAAUGUUACUUUGACAUGUACCACCUACCUCAAAAUUGUUGCAGACCAAGUAAACCUCUUCACUGCAACAGUAUUGUGUAAUGGCAGUAGUCUCUUUCAGCAGGAUAAUGCAUUCAAACACACUGCUAAUUGUUCAGGAACUGUUUUAGAAACAUAAAGUUUACAAGGUGGUGAAUUGGCCUCCAAAUUCCACAGAUCUUAAUUUGAUCAAGUAUCUGUGGGACGUGCAAGAUCAGACAGACUAAUCCGAUUCGCGGAUCCAUGCGUCUUGGCACCAGAUACAGAUGGUUUUGAUAUAAUGGAUAACCUUGUACAUAUCUCAAUUCAAACCUAAUGAAACCUAAUGCAGUUACAUUACCUACUUAUUUUCUAUAUGCUUCAAAGUACAUAAAAAUUGUUUAUAGGUUUUGUGGACGCUAAUACAUGUAGUAUGCUUAGUUUUGUUUAAUGUGAAAUGGAUUAAACUAACAUGAUGAAUUCUUAUCAACACUAGUGCUGUCAUUUGUAUUUACUCUAAGCUUUAGUUAUCAGAAAAAGUUCCUUCCAACCUUCUUAUUAUAGAAUAGAAUUCUGUGUAACACAAUUACAAAUA